GGGGGAGGGAGACGAAGAAGGAGGAGUAAGAGAGGGGGAAAGAAAGAGGAAAAAGAGUGCGAGGGAGUGAGGGAGGGAGGAAAAUAAACAACAAAAAAUGUCCUCUUCCUCCCCCACCGGGCAGAUUGCAAGUGCGGCGGACAUCAAGCAGGAGAAUGGGAUGGAAAGCGCCUCGGAAGGGCAGGAGGCGCCUCGAGAAGUUGCUGGGGGCGCGGCGGCGGCAGCGGGGUUGAGCCCCUCGGCUCCAACCCCUUUCCCCCUGGAGCCCGGGGACGUCGCAGCCGCCGCCGCCAGGGUGAGCGGCGAGGAAGGGACAGUGGCGGCGGCGGCGGCCGGGGCGGCGGCAGAUCAGGUACAACUCCACUCGGAACUUCUAGGCAGGCACCACCACGCCGCGGCCGCCGCCGCCGCCGCCGCGCAGACCCCCCUGGCCUUCUCGCCGGACCAUGUCGCCUGCGUGUGCGAGGCGCUGCAGCAGGGGGGCAACCUGGACCGCCUGGCCCGGUUUCUGUGGUCCUUGCCCCAGAGCGACCUGCUACGUGGCAACGAGAGCCUGCUGAAGGCGCGGGCGCUGGUGGCCUUCCACCAGGGCAUCUACCCCGAGCUCUACAGCAUCCUCGAGAGCCACAGCUUCGAGUCGGCCAACCACCCGCUGCUGCAGCAGCUCUGGUACAAGGCGCGCUACACCGAGGCCGAGCGAGCCCGCGGCCGGCCGCUGGGCGCGGUGGACAAGUACCGGCUGCGCAGGAAAUUCCCCCUGCCCCGCACCAUCUGGGACGGCGAGGAGACGGUGUAUUGUUUCAAGGAGAAGUCGCGCAACGCACUCAAGGAGCUCUACAAGCAGAAUCGCUACCCUUCGCCCGCCGAGAAGAGGCACCUGGCCAAGAUCACCGGCCUCUCCCUCACCCAGGUCAGCAACUGGUUCAAGAACCGCCGGCAGCGCGAUCGGAACCCCUCGGAGACCCAGUCCAAAAGUGAAUCAGAUGGCAAUCCCAGCACUGAAGAUGAAUCAAGCAAGGGACAUGAAGACUUGUCUCCUCAUCCACUCUCCAGCUCAUCUGAUAGUGUCACCAACCUCAACCUUUCUAGUCACAUGGAGCCUGUAUAUAUGCAACAAAUUGGAAAUGCUAAGAUAUCACUUAGCUCUUCUGGAGUUUUGUUGAAUGGAAGUUUGGUACCUGCAAGCACAUCACCUGUCUUUCUUAAUGGUAAUUCAUUCAUUCAGGGACCCAAUGGAGUUAUUCUUAAUGGACUGAAUGUGGGCAAUACACAGACAGUGUCAUUAAACCCACCCAAAAUGGCCUCAAAUAUUGUGAGUAAUGGCAUGUCCAUGACUGACAUACUGGGGUCUACCUCCCAGGAUGUGAAGGAAUUUAAAGUCCUCCAGAGCUCUUCAGCUAACUCCACAGCCACCACCUCCUAUAGCCCCAGUGCCCCUGUGUCAUUCCCAGGGCUGAUACCCAGCACAGAGGUCAAAAGAGAAGAUAUUCAAGCAGUGGCUUCCCAAGACGGAGGCUCUGUAGUGACUUUUACUACACCUGUGCAAAUUAACCAAUAUGGCAUUGUCCAGAUCCCAAAUUCCGGAGCAAAUGGCCAGUUCCUGAAUGGGAGCAUUGGAUUCUCACCACUGCAGCUGCCUCCUGUUUCAGUGGCAGCUUCACAAGGUAAUAUUUCAGUAAAUACAAGCACUUCAGAUGGGAGCACAUUUACAAGUGAGUCAACUACAAUUCAGCAAGGAAAGGUUUUUUUGAGCUCUCUUGCUCCCAGUGCAGUGGUAUACACUGUUCCUAAUUCAGGCCAAACUAUAGGAUCUGUUAAACAGGAGAGUUUGGAGAGAAGCCUGGUGUUUUCUCAGCUGAUGCCUGUCAAUCAGAAUGCUCAAGUUAAUGCAAAUCUGUCUUCUGAAAAUAUCUCCGGGAGUAGCCUCCAUUCACUAGCCUCCUCAUUAGUUAAUGUGUCCCCAACACACAAUUUUUCUCUGACUCCACCGACCUUAUUAAAUCCCACCGAGCUGAACCCUGACAUUGCUGAUGGCCAGCAAAUGUCUGCCCCUGUGGCAAGCAAAUCUACUGUGACAUCUGUCAGUAACACUAACUAUGCAACUCUACAGAACUGCUCCCUUAUUACUGGUCAAGAUCUAUUAUCAGUUCCUAUGACCCAGGCUGCCCUUGGGGAAAUAGUUCCUACAGCUGAAGACCAGGUGGGUCACCCCUCCCCAACAGUACACCAGGAUUUUGUCAGAGAACAUCCUUUGGUUCUGCAAUCAGUAGCUAACAUAAAAGAAACUUUCUUAACAAAUUCAGAGAGCAAAACAGCAAGCAACUUAAUGAUGCUGGACUCCAAAUCCAAGUAUGUCCUUGAAGGCAUGGUGGAGACUGUCUGUGAAGACCUAGAAACAGAUAAAAAAGAGCUUGCCAAGCUUCAGACUGUCCAACUGGAUGAAGAUAUGCAAGACUUAUGAACUUUAUUCCCACUUUCUUUUUUUGCAUCAGGGGACAAACCUUUUCCUGAAGCCCAUAGAGCAUAAAACAUAUUCCCAUUUAAAGAGAAAUACUAGUUUUGCAAGUAAAUGCAUUCAAAAGACUUUGGAUUGAUCUGCAUGAAGAUCGCAAUUAAAUAUAUAGGAGUAAAACUACAUUACUACAGCCUUUUGUUCAGAUGUAUUCUCUUUUAAAUAGAUGGAGACGAAAGAACAUGAAAUACAUCAAGUCAGUGUACCAUUUGGAGACAUUCUGAGGUCAAAUGGAACUGAUGAACACUUUUUUAAUUGAAAAAAAAAAAUCUAUAUGUGUGUGUAUAUAUAUACAUAUCUAAUGUAGAAAAUUAAAUAUCAUUACAGAACUUUAGCAAGAAUAUAGUUCUUUUUGUUUACUUUUACUCCAUGGGCAUUUAUAAGGUUAAGAAAUACAAAUGGUACUCCACACUAUUCUAAGGGUAUAGUUUUGAAUAUAUGUUUUGGGUUUUUUUUCCCAGCAUUUUUGUGAAAGUUUCAGUUUGUCUACACAUUUCCAAAUAUGAUUGGUAAUAGUUCAGUGUGGCAGAGAAAGUUUGCAACUUUACUAAAAACUUUGGAACAAAUUUCUGUAUGAGUGUAAAUGUAUCUAGUCCUUAUAACAAGGAAUAGAGUAAUUCAGUGAAUUUUAUUUAUGCUGUAUAUGUUUUCUUAUACUUCGGAUACUAUGAACUGAAAAAAAAAGUUUUCUUACUGUUUAAUUUAUUAUUAUUGUUUGAACAGGAAGUUUUCCAACAAAGUUUCCAGUUCCAACGAAGUUUAAAUUUUUGUAGGAUUUUUUAAAGUAAUGAUUUUUAUCAGUACUUUAUUAAGGUCAAGAUUAAUAACACUGAAACAGGAAAUCUAACUCCCAAUAUUGGAAUUUUUGUACUUUUUUUUCACAUCCUUGUUCUUUAUUUAGCAACUUUAAUUCAUUUAAAUAUGCUGUCUUUUAACUUCUAUGUGCCUUUUUACCUUGUGGCCUUUUUAUUCUUACUAAGGUACAGAUGUGUCAACAAAAGCACUGAAGGCUCUUUUCUACUUUAACAGGGUUAAUUUCACCACAAUGAAUAUGUAAAUUUAAUUCAACAGAAUUCCAUCCUGUUGAAGCUGAGUUCUAAAUAUUUUUAGUUAUUACAUUAUGACAUUUGACUGUUGUUUGCACUAUAUUAUCAUAUAUCUUAAAGUCCAACUUUAGGGUGCCCUCAAGAAGCUUGUUGUAUAAUGCUGUGAUCUGUGGUCUUAGUUUUUAACAGGACUGAACACAAGAUGUAACAAUUCAAACACAUUUUGUAGUGACUAGAAUCUGUGGUCUCUGAAAAGUAACAAAGAUGAGAAAAUGAUCUCAUUAGAGAUCACUGAAAAUAGUUGGACAUCAAGAUGUUACCUCAUCUUGCUUUCUAUAGGAUUAGAGCAAAAGGUCUACUCUAGGCCUUCUACAUGCCCAUCAACAGAACAUGUUAAAUAAGAGGCAUAGAGGAUUUAAUGUUUGUUACUGCAAAUGGAACUUGUAGGCAUAAAUGCAGAGUCCUGUGAAGAAUUCCUCUUUCAUCAAUUUGAUAAAGAACUUAGAUCUCAUUUUUAAUGGAAUUAGUGAAUGUUUCUAAACUGCUGAAACUCAUGUUUUUGUUUUGUUUUUAUUAAACCAGGUGUUUUAGAGUUCUUUUCACUCCACCAUUACUUAUACAGACUUUUCCCUCCUUUGGAUGUGUGCUGAUCAUAUUACUAAGAUUGAUUACUUGGUUCUAUAGUGUAGUUUACAUAAAAAUGAUGUUUUCCACUUGAUUGCUACAGAUACCAAGUUUGCUAAUUAUUUAUAAACCCAUCCAAUAAGGGAAAUGGAGUAUUUCAGAAGAUAUAUAUAUAUAUACAUAUAUAUAUAUGUAUAUAUAUACUUUUUUAUGUCUUCCAAAAAUACAUGAAGCCUCUUUUAUUCAAAGUUCUUCCUCAUUUCUCUCAAGAAAAAAGAUAGCACAAAACCUAAGACUUGCCUAAGAAACCCAUUUAUACUCUCAAUAUGAUGUAAUUAUAUCCCGACAAUUAUUCCAGGUCGCAAUACAGUAUACCAGUUAAGACUCAAUGCACAUCAUAAAGCACAUUUUGUUCUUUUCUAUUGUCAGUAGAAUAAGGGCCAGUAGAUAUGUAGCCCAUAUAUAUGUGAAUGAAAUAAGAUAAACCCCAUGAUCUCCUUGCACAGAAUUGCAAAUAUCUGGUUUAGUUGUUGUUGUUGUUGUUGUUUUGGGGGGGGUGGGGGUGCUUUCAAUACCAAGGGCCAGACUCUGAACCCUUAGAGUUCAUGUGGCAGAAUUUCUUAAAUAAACCAAUGCUUGAAGAUGCUGCAAAUGAUCCUCUAAUGAUCCCCUUAGAGGAAUCAGAAUAGGAGAAGAUAACUCUCCCUGCAAAUCCCAACCCAUGCUGCUGGCUGUGAGAUUUUUGGUGUGAGCCUAUCUAUGCACUCUAUCAGCCAGACCCAGCAUUUAGCUGUUAGUGACAACUAAUAAAGGACAGUCUGUUGGUUAAAGAAGGUGCAUUUGUUCCUCAAUCAAGCAAGAGCACCUGUAUUGUACUGUUUUAUAUCUCAUGUAUAUUUAUAGUAAUAAAAAGACUGAAUUGUACACAUGUUUCUGUACCUUUCUUGUGUUAUGAAAGGCAGGUGGACUUUAUAGCCAUAUGUAACAAUCCAUAGUUAAGUUGCACACUGACCCAAAGUCUCCCUGAAUAUGCCUUUGCAUCUUGCAUGUUAAAAGAUGGAUUAUUGGGCAUGUUACAUGUUAGACAAGUGUGCAUUAGUAUAUAGCCAGAACUUCUUCAGUCUAAAAUGUUUCAACAGGUCAUCUCAUCAUAAAAAUAUAAAUAGUUCAGGAAAAUUGUGGGGGGGGAAAUAAUUACAUUUAACAAAAAUGUUUUCAAGUCUUCCUAGAAUUUAAGCGAUAGAGCCUACCAGUUAUUUUGUGUCUAAAUGACAAAUAUGUUAAUUUAAUAUUACCAUCAUAUGUUUUAAUCAAAAUUAUAUAGCAUGUGACUUUUGACUUUCAGGGUUCUCAAAAAGUUUUAUUCUUUUGCUGCAUGUACUGUAUGUUUAGAGGCAAUCAGUUCUAUACUCGAUAUGGUUUUACUGUGCCUUACACAAAGAAAAUCGAUACAGAAUGUAUAUCCUGGGUGGGGUAACAGAGUUUCUAAUGCACUGUUAGGUGAGGGCACACAGAGCAUGUCCCAGACAUUUCUGUGCUUAAUUACCCAACCAAAGAGAUCUAAAGUAUGUAUGUUGUACUGUAAUGGGGGGUUUAUGCCUGGACAAUUAAGUGUUUUAUUUGUUUUCUGAAAUGAUGUGAACUUAUUUUUCUAAACACUAUGCUAAAUAAACUUUAUAUUUAUAUGUA